AUGAAUAACGAUGACUACCAUUUGCAUUUGGACGAAGAGUUGCUUCUCCGGGAUAGGCGCGGCUCAUUGAGGUCGAAUUUGCCUCGUAGACAAGGUUCGCUCGUUAGGCCUGAAAGAAACAGAUUAAAUAAUCCCAAAGAUCCGCAUUACUACUACGCGAAGAAGACACAAGAGCAUGCGGAUCGGUUGAACGUCCAAACUUCCGCUACUGGGGUAAACCCUCCAUUCUACGGACCUUCGAGAAACUCACUGUUGUCCGAAAACAUGGCCUACAAUAAUAGGUUUAGAGAGAGCAGUAGUUAUCCAAUGCAAGAGAUGCCCAAUGAGGACACAGGCUCAUCUCACUCCGAGGACGCUGCCCCAUCGCAGAAUCCAUUCAACGAUACCCCGCCAAUAAGACAUGCGGCGAAACCUUUAGAACCUAGCAAAGGUGUCUCUGUAUGGCAGAUAUACUGCCGAGUCAUUACAUUCUGGAUACCAGGCCCCGUUUUAACUUUAUUCGGGAUGCCAAAGAAGGAGAGGCAAAUGGCUUGGAGGGAAAAGAUUGCGAUCCUUUCCGUAAUCGUGUAUAUCGGAGCAAUUAUCGCAUAUCUAACCUUCGGGUUUACGAAAACUGUAUGUGGAGCACCGUCACUACGUUUGCAAUCAGAUGACGUUUCGUCGGGAUACGUUUCAGCAAAUGGAAAACUGUACCUUUUCGAUGGUACCGGUACCGAAGGCAGCGACCUAGAAGCCGAUGGUGUGAGCAAAAUACGAGGCCCUUGGACAACUGCUGGAAAAGACGUCUCUUUCCUUUUCCAAAAUGUUAAUGGAAAUUGCCAUAAUGUGAUUGUACCCAGAGAUAACUCCUCGAUACCCCAUGAUGAUAACAACAACCUCGCAUGGUAUUUUCCUUGUAAAGUCAGAGACAUUGAUGGAUCCACUAAACCAAACUUUACGGCUUCUGAGCAUUAUGAUGGGUGGGGCUGCCAUACCUCCGAGAGUGCCAGGAAAAGUUUCUACAGUCUAAAAAGUGAGGCCGACGUCUAUUUCACCUGGGACAGCUUGGCAAAUUCCUCUCGAAACCUAGUGGUAUACAACGACGAUGUCCUAGAUUUGGACUUGUUGAAAUGGCUAGAUAAAGAUCAAUUAGAAUACCCUCCGAUAUUUGACGAUUUAUUGAACUCGCAACUGCAAGGCUAUGAUCUUUCGAUCGUUUUGUCGACUGCAUAUGAGAGGAAAAUUGCAAGGUGCUUAAGCGAAACCAUAAAAGUGGGGGGUAUCGAUUCUAGGACUGUUGGUUGCAUUGCAUCAGAUGUUGUACUUUACGUUUCCCUCGUGUUUAUCCUGUCCGUCGUUGUGGCUAAAUUUGCUGUAGCAUGCUAUUUCAGAUGGGUUGUUUCCAGAAAGCAAGGUGUGGGUUUUCUCGAGAAUGAUCGCAUGAAUGAUUACCUAAAUGCUAUCGAGGACUGGUCUGAGAAUCCAAACGGCCCUGGAACUCUGCACCAAAGUAAUUCAUUAGCCUCCGGGAACACCACUUUUAACGGUGUCGAAGAAAACAAAACAAACAGAAAAGCAAAUGCGACGAGAAGCAAUAACUUCAUUGAUAACUCCGAUUUGUCUGUAGAAUUUAGAAACGCAACCACCAUGUCACUACAAAACGCCCAAAAAAUAGCCGAUAAAGAAUCGCGGGCCAACUUUACCGAGCAUAAAAAUGACUCUUUGUAUCCGUCAAACUCAACUAUAAUGGACGGCCUAACAGAAUCUCGCGAUUCAAUUUAUCAUCCUCCAGAGACUUUAGACCCCACCAUUAUCCAUCACGACAGUGUCCAACAACCUCCUGUUGAAUAUAAACCUUUUGGCUACCCACUGGCCCAUACCAUAUGCUUUGUCACUUGUUAUUCAGAAAACGAACAAAGUUUGAGAGCGACAUUAGAUUCCUUGGCUGUGACCGACUACCCUAACUCCCAUAAACUUCUGAUGGUAGUGUGUGAUGGUCUGAUCAAAGGUUCAGGAAACGACAAAAUUACACCAGAAAUUGCUCUAGAUAUGAUGGAAGACUUUACAACCCCCCCUGAAGAUGUUCUUCCUUACUCUUACGUUGCCGUUGCGUCCGGUUCAAAAAGACACAACAUGGCCAAAAUAUACGCUGGGUUUUACAAGUUUGAUGAUAGUACAGUACCUUCAGAUAAACAGCUCCGUGUUCCUAUAGUCACUAUUGUUAAAUGUGGCACUGCAGAAGAACAGGGAUCUGCGAAACCAGGAAACAGAGGUAAACGUGAUUCUCAGAUAAUAUUGAUGUCUUUUUUGCAGAAGAUUACGUUUGAUGAAAGAAUGUCUGAAUUGGAAUUCCAGCUACUGAAAAAUAUAUGGCAACUGACUGGUUUAAUGGCCGAUUUCUACGAAACUGUUCUAAUGGUUGAUGCUGAUACAAAGGUCUUUCCUGACUCUUUAAAACACAUGGUCGCAGAAAUGGUAAAAGACCCAUCAAUUAUGGGCCUAUGUGGCGAGACAAAAAUCGCAAACAAAAGUCAGUCAUGGGUCACAGCAAUCCAGGUCUUUGAAUAUUUCGUUUCCCAUCAUCAGGCGAAGGCAUUUGAAUCUGUGUUUGGCUCUGUUAGUUGUCUUCCCGGUUGCUUUUCUAUUUAUCGGAUCAAGGCUCCUAAAGGUUCUGACGGUUACUGGGUACCCAUUUUAGCAAAUCCUGACAUUGUUGAGCGUUACUCAGACAACGUUACCGACUCUUUGCACAAGAAAAAUUUGCUACUGCUAGGAGAAGAUAGGUACCUGUCUUACUUGAUGCUGAAAACGUUCCCCAGGAGAAAGCAAAUAUUCUUACCGAAAGCCGCCUGCAAAACAAUCGUACCUGAUACCUUCAAAGUCCUGCUAUCUCAACGUCGUCGUUGGAUUAAUUCCACUGUCCACAAUCUGUUUGAAUUGGUCCUGAUCCGAGAUCUCUGCGGUACCUUCUGUUUUUCUAUGCAAUUUGUCAUCUUCAUCGAACUGAUGGGUACUUUGGUUUUACCUUUGGCAAUUUGCUUCACCAUUUACGUGAUCAUUUUUGCUAUUGUAUCCACACCAACUCCCAUUAUCACACUGGUGUUGUUAGCUGUCAUCCUUGGUCUACCCGGUGUUUUGGUUGUGGUUACGGCAACCAAAUGGUCGUACCUAAUGUGGAUGGCAAUCUAUAUUGCCGCUCUGCCAAUAUGGAAUUUUGUGCUUCCAACAUACGCAUACUGGAAAUUCGAUGACUUUUCUUGGGGCGAAACCAGAACCAUUGCCGGAAGCAACAAAAAGUUAGAAGACGAUGUUGAGGGUGAAUUCGACUAUAGCAGUAUACAGAUGAAGACUUGGCGUGAAUAUGAAAAUAGAGACCGCUUGGAAAACAAUGAGUUUAUGGGGAAUAGCAGAGAUAGCCCGUUGUUUGACUCAUGA